UUUGUUCCAGAAAGUAACAUUUUGUGAGUCAGGCGGUUCUGUUGCAGUUGUGAAAAAAGAAGUUUUGUCAAGCAGAAAAUUUUCAAUAAUUUUAAAUAAAAAUCUUCAAUAAAAGCCAACAAAAUGUCCACAAUUGCAAAUGCUUUAUCGAUAGCCGGUACUCGUCAAUCGGGUCAGCCUGUGCGUACACAAAAUGUUAUGGCAGCCAGCUCCAUAGCUAAUAUUGUCAAAAGUUCUUUGGGCCCUGUGGGCUUGGAUAAAAUGUUGGUUGAUGACAUCGGUGAUGUCACUGUCACCAAUGAUGGUGCCACCAUUUUGAAGCUAUUGGAAGUUGAACAUCCUGCUGCUAAGGUUUUGGUUGAGCUGGCUCAAUUGCAGGAUGAAGAAGUUGGCGAUGGCACUACCUCGGUAGUCAUUAUAGCUGCAGAAUUGCUCAAGAAUGCCGAUGAAUUGGUCAAACAAAAGAUCCAUCCCACAUCGAUUAUCUCUGGCUACCGUUUGGCUUGCAAAGAGGCUUGCAAAUACAUCUCUGAACAUUUGACUGCCCCAGUUGAUGAGUUGGGACGCGACUCUUUAAUCAACAUUGCUAAGACUUCAAUGAGCUCCAAAAUUAUUGGAGCCGAUGCGGAUUUCUUCUCAGCCAUGGUAGUAGAUGCUGCUCAAGCUGUAAAGAUCACUGACCCCAAGGGAAAUCCUGCCUAUUCCAUUAAGGCUGUGAAUGUCUUGAAAGCUCACGGUAAAUCUGCACGAGAAUCUCUUUUGAUACCCGGCUAUGCCUUGAACUGCACCAUUGCCUCUCAACAAAUGCCCAAAAAGAUUGUCAAUGCCAAAAUCGCCUGUUUGGAUUUCUCUUUGCAAAAGACUAAAAUGAAGAUGGGUGUGCAAGUUUUGAUCAAUGACCCCGACAAGUUGGAGGGCAUCCGUGCUCGCGAAUUGGACAUUACCAAGGAGCGCAUCAACAAGAUUUUGUCAACUGGUGUCAAUGUUGUGCUGUGCUCUGGUGGUGUUGAUGAUCUUUGCAUGAAAUACUUCAUUGAGGCCGGUGCCAUGGCUGUGCGUCGUGUCAAGAAGAGCGAUUUGAAAAUCAUUGCCAAGGCCACCGGUGCGGCCUUCCUUACCUCUUUGACCAAUAUGGAGGGCGAUGAAAGUUUCGAUGCCUCUAUGGUGGGUGAAGCUGCCGAAGUGGCCCAGGAACGCAUCUGCGAUGAUGAACUUAUACUCAUUAAGGGCACUAAGGCUCGUGCUGCUGCUUCGAUUAUUUUGCGUGGUCCCAACGACUUCUACUGUGAUGAAAUGGAACGUUCUAUUCACGAUUCUUUGUGUGUGGUCAAACGUGUUUUGGAAAGCAAAAAGGUCGUGGCUGGUGGUGGUUGCGUAGAAGCUGCCCUUUCUAUUUAUUUGGAAAACUUUGCCACUUCCCUUAGCUCCCGCGAACAGUUGGCCAUUGCCGAAUUCGCCAAAUCCCUGCUGGUCAUACCCAAAACAUUGGCUGUAAAUGCUGCCAAGGAUGCUACAGAUUUGGUAGCCAAAUUGCGUGCCUAUCAUAACUCAAGCCAGACUAAGGCCGAACAUGCUGAACUUAAAUGGACUGGUUUGGAUUUGGUGGAGGGUAUUGUGCGUGACAACAAGAAAGCCGGUGUACUAGAACCUGCCAUGUCCAAGAUCAAAUCGCUUAAAUUCGCCACAGAAGCCGCCAUUACCAUUUUGCGUAUUGAUGACAUGAUCAAACUGAAUCCAGAAGAGAAAGCAGACAAAUCCUAUGCUGAUGCAUGUGCUGCUGGUGAACUUUAAGCGUUUCAUCCACGCCUUUGCUAAACAAAUUUCCUUUAAGUUUAAUUAUUCAUCAUCUUUUUUUAGCAUUUAUAACUCAUCGAAUCCCAACUCCCCCACAAAAUCAACACCAAAAUCACUUCAUGCUUUUUUUAACAAUUAAAUUGUUUUAAAAAAAAAACCUACACACCCUGUUUUCAUUAUUAAUCGUCGUUAUAAGUUUCUGUCUCAAUUCCCUAAAAAAAACAUUAAACUCUUGUAUUAAUUCAUCACUUAAUAAUAUACAAAAAAAUACUAAAAAAAAAUAAAGAACAAAGUGUUGUUUAUGAAUGAAAGGA